AUGCAGUUCGAAGCAAUCAAUACCAGUAUCCAGAAAUCCCCUUUACGAUCUCAAAGUCCAGCUAAAUUUUUUCAAUUUGCUCCAUCUUUUACACCUAAAGGAAACUCAGGCUCCUCCAAUAGAAAAAGACGGGCUCAAACUCCAAAUAGCCGAAAAGCGCAGUCUGUGCAGCUUCAAUCUUUCAAUAUAAAUAUCCCAGGAGCCACUCCUAAGUCUCAUAAGCUUAGAUUUGUAGAUUAUGUUUCCAGUUACCUUGAUAGAAAAACCAACGAAAUUUCUGACAAUAAAUUACCGACAAUUUUUACAUCCCUAGAUAUGAAUAAUUUUAUCCAUCCGAAAUCUUUGCCAAGAAGCCACUCGUCACUGCACUCUUCAAAAAUCUUGAAAAUUGAAAUAAAUGGCUAUGAGAAAUUUCUUCAAAAUACUGGAUUUUCUGAUAAACCGACCCCAUAUGCGAGAUCAUAUACACCUAAAGAGAUAAGUAAUGUGACUCCACAGUCAAGGCCAAUGACAGGGCAUGCUAAAAAAGUCACGACUUCGAGGAAAUCUAUUAAAAGAAGAAUGAAAGAAAACUUGCCUGUAAACGAAUCCCCAAGAAAGAAAUACAAAAAACUGAUUCAGGAUACUUCAUUUGCAUUGGAAAAAGAAAGUCUAAUGGGCUGGCAAUAA